ACAUGUGCGCUGACUGCCAGGAGGUCGUCACCCUGCUCAUCCGCAUGGCCAACGAGUCGGCCACCAAGGUGGCCGUGGAGGGGUUUCUGCGCCGGGAGUGCACGGCGCUGCCGGUGCCCACCAUGGUGGCCCCCUGCCAGAACCUGGUGCACGAGUACGUCACCCUCCUCGUCACCCACCUGGAGGAACACCUCAAGCCCUCGGCCAUCUGCGCCCGGCUGGAGCUGUGCCCUGGGGAGCCCGGGGGGGUCCUGGCCGUGCCCCCCCGCCUUGGGGCACCCAGCGCCCGCCUGCAGGGCUUCUGA